AUGGAGGAAAGAAACAACACUACGGCCGCAUGGUUUCCAUUUGAUUUUCAAAACGAAACCUCGACAGCUGAUGCAGAGAUUAAACUAAGUUCCCAAAUCUUCACCUCCUUUCUUCUUUCCGUACUUAUCCUCUGUGCCGUAUUUGGGAACGCGUGUGUGGUUGCAGCCAUCGCCCUGGAGAGAAAUCUUCAGAAUGUAGGGAACUAUCUGAUUGGGUCUCUGGCCGUGACUGAUCUGAUGGUAUCGGUUCUGGUGUUGCCCAUGGCGGCCCUUUACCAAGUCUUAAACAGGUGGACUCUCGGACAAGUACCAUGUGACAUUUUCAUCUCUUUAGAUGUGUUAUGUUGUACAUCAUCUAUACUGCACCUUUGCGCCAUCGCCUUGGACAGGUACUGGGCCAUUACCGAACCUAUAGAGUAUAUGAAGAAGAGGACGCCUAGAAGAGCGGCGGUUCUGAUCAGUGUCACCUGGUUUGUCGGGUUUUCCAUCUCUGUUCCACCCAUGUUGAUCAUGCGUUCCCAGCCGAGUAGUAAAGCGGAGGACAUAGCUAAUCCCGAGCAGUGCAUGAUAAGUCGAGACCCCUGGUACACAAUCUACUCGACAUUCGGCGCGUUCUACAUUCCGUUGAUACUCAUGUUGGUCUUAUAUGGACGGAUAUUCAAAGCUGCCAGGUUUAGAAUCAUGAGAACAGUGCGUAAAACAGAGAAAAAGAAAGUGUCGGAUUCUUGUUUGGCACUGUCCCCUGCUCUUUUCCACAAGAGGACCAACGGGGACCCGAGUAAAAGCUGGAAGAGGAGCGUGGAGCCCAAACCAACCCCAUGCGUAAACGGUGCGGUCAAGCACGGCGAUUUGUUGGAGAUUAUCGAGGUUCACAGCAACUCAAAAAACAACCUGCCACUCCCCAACAACCCCAAUUCCGAGCCGCUCUUUGAGAGCAGACAAGAUAAGAACAUGGAGGCAAAGAGAAAGAUGGCCAUGGCCAGAGAGCGCAAGACUGUGAAGACGUUGGGUAUAAUUAUGGGCACUUUUAUUUUUUGCUGGUUGCCUUUCUUUAUUGUCGCCCUGGUAAUGCCCUUUUGCCAGUCGUGCCAAAUGCCAAAGUGGCUCGAGGACGUCAUUAACUGGCUCGGGUACUCCAACUCUCUACUGAACCCCAUCAUUUACGCAUAUUUCAACAAAGACUUCCAAAGUGCCUUUAAGAAAAUAAUAAAAUGUCACUACUGCAAAACAUAAGCAUAUUACAUAAUCCGUUUAUGAUGGAAAACAGUUCACUGCAGAGUUGGGAC